ACGCGCGCAGACGGCGCACGCACGCACGCACAGGCUGUUGUAGCUAGCUGGUUAGCACCGCAGCGUGAAAACCUGACAUUGUAUUAUAUCCAGUGGCACAAAAAAUGAGCGAUAACGGCAAAGCUUACGGCGAGCGGGUACGUAUGCGAAGGCCUCACACGGUUUUAAUUGAGCUAGCGGUGUUAAUUCCGUGAUGUGCACAUUAAAAGGCGGCAUUACCGUUACGUUAACAGUCUUCACAUUGUGUUUAGCUGCUAACCGUAGCUAGCUAACGCGGCUCUCCGGCGUUAUAUGGCUUAUUCACUAUUGUAUGCAACGCAAUCAUGUUCAUUACAUUUUAUUUAUUAAUGUUCGAUGUCUCGACCAGGGCAAGGUCCGGUAACGUUACGGUAACGUGGCUAAUAUUCCUCGGCUUAGCCAGCUAGCUGGCUAGCUAGCUAACGCUCGCUUACCUGCGCUCGCUAGGCCGCAGCCGCAUGCCAUUAAGAACCCAAACCCACGGGUUCUAUGAGCAGCGGGGUGAAUGCUAAUCGAUACAUAUCAAUAAUUUGAAACAUUGCAUUAUCAACAUUGGCCGACAUUACGUUGGUAAAGGGCGGUUAUAUAAGCGGCCAGGCGUAUGAGCUAUCGUUAACGUUAAGCGUCGUGGAUUGCUCACGUUAAUUUCACGGUAACGUCGAGGAAUACAGCGUUUAUGUCGGUGUAGUUUCUCGACAUAAUCGACCAACAUUACAACGAACAUUUUAUACAAAAAAAAUACCUCAAGAUGUCUUCUCAUUCGUUUGUAUUCCCUCACACGUUCAGCCCUCGUGUUCCCGUUGCAUAGUAAUUGUUUUACUCCCCCAGGUCAAUAAUUUCGUUAAAGUAAAUGAUCAUUACAAGGUCACAAUGUGUAAAUAUGUUGUCACGGUGUUUGACCGGAGCGGUGUCUCUUUUAUAAAAUAUCUGUAUACUUUGUUACUCCCGAGAUGUCAUGUCUGCGCUAAUGUUGAAGAGAAGCAUCUUGAGGUCGUUAGGACUCACUUAAGCCGGUUUAUUUAUUAUUUUAAAAGGAGUUCAGUAGGUAUUAUACACAUUAAGUGGUUUGAUUUGCCCGAGAGGCCACUUAACAAACAUUGUCUGAACAGGUUCCAUUGAAAAUGGCACACAGUAUAUUUAUGGCAAAAUGACCUGGGUAAAUAAUAAUGAGGUAAUAAUCACAGGCGAUAUUAUUCUACAGGACAAUGUGUGUGUUCUGUUUUUUCGCGUGUUUAACAAAAAACGCACAACCAAUUUGCCUCUUAAAGGUUCUAAAUGAAAGUGGCAUGUCAGCAUAUGUAGAACCACUGAAUGUGAAAUAUUUAUUGAUCUUUAAAUUAAAAUGUUGUAUUGUGGUGUCUUAAACCUUUCCAUGCAUGUCAUGAGAUUUAAUAAAAUAAAAGUUGAAUGAGGGUGCUAUUUUAAUUGUAGUCAUAUAUUCUUCAUCCUUUUCUUUUUCAUAAGGGUAAGAAGAAAGUGCGGAAGAAGUCCACUUAUUUUCAAUAAUAUGAAGCUCAGAUGUGUGAAGGCUGAAUUGUUGAAUGCAUGCUAAAACAUGACGAGGGAAGAAGUUUGGGCAGUGUGUCAGAUGGGGGAAGUAAGAAGAAGUAAAACAAUUGAAGAAAGAAGAAUAAUGUGAAGUAAUGAAGUUACAGAAAUGAAGUUGGUAAUCUGGAUAAGGCCGCAGCGCUAAGUAAUUCUCUGGAGUCUCGCUCCGCAUCCAGGAGCGUGAGUCCGCGGGCCUCGGGGAAGUCGGCAAGCCGCUCCCCAGCCCGCUCACCUGCCCGUUCAAAAGAAGGCUCCCGCCACUCCCCUUCCAAAUCUCGAUCUGGUUCCAGGUCCAAAUCGGGAUCUCACUCUCAUCGCGGCUCACGGAGGCACUAUAGCCGAUCGCGCUCCCGCUCGAGGUCCUAUCGCCGCCGAUCUCACAGUAGGUCCUACAGUGGAGAGCGCCGGCGCAGGAGUCACAGUCGCUCGCCGAUGUCCAACCGCCGCAGGCACAUCGGCAAUCGCGCUAAUCCAGACCCAAACGGCUGCGUGGGAGUGUUUGGCCUCAGCCUGUACACCACAGAGAGAGACCUGAGGGAUGUCUUCUCUAAAUACGGCCCGCUGGCGGAUGUCUCCAUUGUGUAUGACCAGCAGUCAAGGCGCUCCAGGGGCUUCGCCUUUGUCUACUUCGAGAACAACGGUGAUGCUAAAGAGGCAAAGGACCGAGCCAAUGGUAUGGAGCUGGAUGGGCGUAGGAUCCGGGUGGACUUCUCCAUUACAAAAAGACCUCACACCCCGACCCCUGGGAUCUACAUGGGUCGGCCCACAUAUGGUGGUGGAGGCGGCGGCGGCAGCAGCAGCGGCGGCGGCGGAGGUGGUGGUGGCGGCGGCGGCGGUGGCAGCAGCGGUGGAAGCGGUCCAAGUGGUCCUCGCCGCAAUUCUCGUGACUACGACCGUGGAUAUGACCGUGGAUACGACCGUGGAUACGACAGAAGCGGCUAUGAACGCUAUGACGACAGGGACCACUACAGAUCAUACAGAAGGCGAUCUCCGUCCCCGUACUACAGAGGGGCAUACAGGUCUCGGUCCAGAUCGCGAUCCUAUUCUCCACGUCGCUAUUGAACAUUGCUGUCAAGCCCCUCCAACUCCCACACAGGAAGUGUUUCUGAAUGGAAUGAUUGGUUUCAGAGUAGCUCUACUUAAGGUGAUCUCCAUACUUCUGUUGUCUAAGGUAUAUGACUAGUCAACGUGUGCUGGGGUCACUUUUAAAGCCGUGUCAUUUGUCAUGACUAAGCUGUCCCCAUUUUGUCUUCAUUUUAAAUGUAUCGGCAACAACUGCCAUUAAAAAUACAUUAAUGAUUUUAUUAAUGUAUUUUUUUGUAUGCAAGAUUGAGUGCGCAUUCAUCUUUGAACAGAUUAAAAGGAAGAAGCUUUUUUUUCA